AUGGUGUGCUACGUGAGCAUGUGUGGCUCCAGAGGGACCUGUCCCUUCCUUGUGCUGAUACAGGGAUUCCUACAGACAGAUGAACCAGGCGAGGAGAGGAGAGGAGAGGAGAGCUCAGCACGCAGGCUGUCAUCGAGAGCAGCUCUGCUGGGUACCAGCUCUACCGUUCACCAGAGGACACAUUACCCCACUGCUGACAUGGAGAAGCGUUGCUCAGAGUGCCCAGAGCCCAGGCUAGCCCAGAGCUUGUGUACAUUCUGCAACAAGUGGCUGUGCUACCAGUGCACAGACAUGCAUCAGCACCAGAGAGCCACCCCUCAGUGCUCAGACCUGCACCAACACCAGAAGCCCACUACCCAAUGUGUCGACCUGCACCAGAGGGACCAGAUGGCCCCCAGCUCCCUGCCUCCACCCGAACCAGGCCCUGGCUCGUGUGGCCGCCCCAUCCUCAUGUGCCACUCUCACAGACAAGAGCCCUUGGAGCUCUUCUGCGAGUCCUGUGACCUCAUGUGCUGCAGCAGCUGUCACCUGUCCGCCCACAAGAACCACAGGCUGGUGCACAUUGGAAAGGCCCUGCAGGACCAACAGUGGCAGUUUGAGAGCCUGAUGGCUCAGGUGGAGGAGAGGAGGUCUGCAGUGGAGAGCACAGCCAAACAGAUAGAGGACAGGCUGCACGGUGUAAAGAUCACGCAGAGGAAGGCUGAGAACCAGAUUAAAAUGGCAAAGAUGAUUAUGAUGAAUGAGCUGAACAAACGGGCCAACCUAUUAAUAGAGCAACUGGAGAAGAUCUCGGAGGACUUCCAGCGGCGUCUGGAGGACCAGCUGCAGGGGGAGAUAGAGAUGUGCAGCCAGCUGGACCACGUGCAGAACUUCAUCAGCUGGGCAACGGCCCACCACCUCAAGAACCCACUUCUCUUCAGCAGGGAGCUGAUUUCUCUCCAGAUGCAGCGCCUGCUUGAACCCCCACUACACUCAGACGCCUGGCUCCCUGUGAAGAUCAAGUUCAACUGGGAUGCCAGCUACUGGACUAAGCAGAUCUCAACUUUGGGUCAGCUCACUGCAGAGGGGGGAAAUCGCUCCUACUCUGAGGGCGUGGCCUUCCCCAGCAUCCUGAGGCCCCAGCCUAUCACCUGCUUGUCCCUGCCAUCUAUGUGCCAUGGAGGGCGGGACCAGGGCUGUGCCUUCCAGGCCUGCUGUCAGCCCCAGAUGUGCUGCCUCCACUGCAUACCCCCACAGCCAGCUGUGCAGCUGGACAAGACCCAGCGGGAACCCAACCCCUACUCCGCCAGGUGUGCUCAGUCCACCCUCAGCUCUCCCUCCCUGGCCCUGCACCAGAGUCAGCUGCUGAGGUGCUGGGGCCCUGACAGUCCUCCAGGUCCACCAGGUGUGGUGCCCUCCUCCAUGCAGCGUCCCCAACAGCCAGCGCAUCUCCCGGCUGCUGACCCAGGCUUGCUCAGCUCCAGCUCCAACAGUGGAGGUCUUGGACUCCAGCCCCCAGCCACAGCCCUCUACCAGCCUCAGAUUCAGCCACUUCCCGACACUCAUGCACAGCCAGCCACAGAUGGGGCCUGGGAAGGCCAGGGCCAGCAGGCCAGCAGAGAGAGAGAGCAGACUCCUGGGCAGCCAGCUGUGGACAGAGAGGUGUUGACAGAGCAGAUCCAGGAGGGGAGCAGGGAGAAGACACAUGUACAGACAGGGGUGGACAGAGAGGUGCUGACAGAUGGGAUCCAGCAGGAGCAGCAGCAGCAGCAACAGCAGCAGCAGCAGCUCCUGUCUCCCCUAGUGGCCGAACUGACAGUGGAGCAGCAGGAGGGAGAGCAGCAGGAGGCCAGGACUACACAGCCAUCCAGGGACUGCAGAGAUGGCAGGAGAUCCACUUCACUGGAGAUGUCUGUGACGACCCAUGGGUUCAGUGUUGAUGCUCAGAGCAGCAGGCCCAGCUCACUGUGUGGGAGGAAGAGUCGAUCCCAGAGCAUCCCACCAGAACUGGCAGGCCCCUCCAGCAGCCCUUCCACAGACAGGCCCCUGGGGGCCACCCACAGCUUAGCAACAGCAACAGCAGCCGUGGAACGGGGACGCAUGGCAGACCAGCAGGGUUUUAUGGAUCUCAGGCGGAGGAGGCUGUCUUCUGAUGGAGUGAUACGAUCUGUGGCCUCCCUGGAGAGAUCCUUAGCCACUCCUCCCUCCAGAGGCCAGCCCAACCUACACCUGUCACCUUUGACCAUUUACAAGACAGAGCCUGAUUAUGUUUAUGCAUAUGAUGAGACUGGGCAUGACGUCAAAGGAAAAUGCAGAAUACAAAGAAAGACUCCAGACAACAGUGACAGAGAGGUUCAGAAGGAACCUGGGAGUUCCAGUUCCAAGGUUCCAGUGGUGUGUUUGGAAAGGCUGAAGAUCCUGGUGUCUCGGAUCCCACCACAGGGGCGGCGACAGAGUGACCCUCUGUCAGACACUGCAACAGAAAGGACCGGACCUGUUCCACAGAGGGGAUGGAAGGACAAGAUGACUGAGGGAAUAUCAAAAGAAGCCAAGGUCGCAACGGACAGCCCGUCUCUGGAUAAACAAUACUCAGAGAGACACACUAUCAAUCAAUCUCUCCCACCUCUAGUAAUCAAUGAUUGGCCUGAGCAUGGAAGACACAGUCCUCACAAAGAGCUCACACUGCAAGUACCCGCCACUGAUCUUGUAUCACCUCCACCUUUCUCUGCACCUGACCUUGACUCUGACUCAGAUCCCAGGUCAAUCUCAGAAAUAGUUUCUGACCCGGAACUGGACACGGACCCACAACCAGAAUCGGAUCCCCAGCAAGAGUCUGACCCACAACCAGAAUCUGACCCACAAGCUGAGUCUGCAUCGGAGGCUGGUCUGGAAUCAGUUGCUGAUGAGGAAUCUCCUGAUGAGGCUGCUACAGAAUCUGAACCUAGUGUGGAAUCAGAACCUAGUGUGGAAUCAGAACCUAGAGUGGAAUCAGAACCUAGUGUGGAAUCAGAACCUAGAGUGGAAUCAGAAGGUAGUGAAGAAUCAGAGAAUGGUUUAGAAUCAGAGAAUGGUGAAGACCUGGAUGCUGAUGCGGAAUCGGAGGCUGAUAUGGAAUCAGACCUCCAACCUGACCCUGGCUCAGACCCCCGUUUUCCAUCUGAAACACGUCCGAGAUUAGAUUCAGACCUGGAAUCAGACUGUGCACAACCCCCUGAAUCACAAGGGUCUGCAGAAUCUGGACCAGAUCUUGAAUCGGAGCCAGACUCAGCCACUGACCCAGCCUCUAUCACUCCUGACCCAGCCUCUCUAAGUCCUGAACCAGGAGUGGAGUCCCCUCCAGCCCAGAAGUCCCUGCAUGCAGACCCUGGUCCACAGAUGCAUUGUGAAGGAGCUGAGCAGGCCCUGCCUGGGGCAGAGACCAUGGAGAUGCAGAUCCAUUGUGAAGGAGCUGAGCAGGCCCUGCCUGGGGCAGAGACCAUGGAGAUGGAAAGUGAAGACUUCUGUGCCGUGUGUCUGAUCGGAGGAGACCUUCUAUGCUGUGACCGCUGUCCCAAAGUCUUCCACCUGUCCUGCCAUGUGCCUGCUCUCCUCAGCUUCCCCACGGGUGACUGGGUGUGUACCUUCUGCAGAGAUAUCCUGCAGCCAGAGGUGGAGUAUGACUGUGAGAACCAGAGGCUGGCUGCAGAAUGUUCAGGAAAGCCACUACCUCAUGGUCUCUCUGCUUGUGACCAGAGAAAAUGUGAGAGGUUGACUCUGUUGAUCUGCAGCAACAUGCUAAGUGCUCCCUUCCAUGAGCCGGUCAGUCCACUGGCUCGCCACUACUACCAGAUAAUCAAAAGGCCCAUGGAUCUGUCUGUGAUCAGGGCCAAACUCAGCAAGAGGAGCACUCACCACUACUAUUCACCUGAGGAGUUUGUGGCUGAUGUCUCCCUCAUGUUCAGGAACUGUGCAAAGUUCAAUUAUCCGGACUCAGAGGUGGCCCAGGCAGGUCGCAGCCUGGAGAUGUUUUUCAGCUCCAGACUCAGGGAGGUGUUCCCAGACAGGGCCUUCCCUGCAGCCGAGGAUGACUCCGACAGCGAUGAGUACGACGAGGUGUACAGAGCAGCUGAGGGAGGCUUCCCCUGGCCAGAGAAGAGAGAGCAGUGCCACAGGAAGAGGAAGAGGAGGCACUCUCUCAGCUGGAGGAAGCAUAACUUCUAGUUGUAGGCAUCACUGGCAUCACUAUCACUGGCUAUUUUGAAGGACAGUAUGACAUGAUAUUGCACUGGACGUUUCCAUCCAAGAGAGGAAGCUAAGUUUUUAUGAAGGGAUUGUAUGUACAUAUUUACAUUUUGAGAAUUGUACUUCUUCAUUAUAAAGGUUAUCUGCUCUUAAUUUGGCCUGAUAUUUGUGUCAAAUAUUAUUGUAUAAGUAUAAUCUUACUUACAUCUUUAUACUUAAUAUGCCUUUAUAAACUGCGUUUCUGGUAUUUGUUUUUUGUUUCAGAUAUAUUUGGAGAUUCUACCUAUAUUUGUAGAUUCUCCAUCAUAUAUACAGCAAAACCUACAAGGUCAGUAUUGAUAAAUGGUAAACAUAUUUAUAAAUGUUAAACUCUACAAUAUCUUGUUUUAUAUAUCAAUAUUGAAUGUUUUUAGUGGCUAAAUGAUUGCAGGCAAUUAGUAAAUACAGACUAUUAAUGUUAAUAUUUCUGUCUUGCAUUUAAUAU